AGAUAUUUGUCAUUGCAACCAAAAAAACUUACGAUUGAAAAAUUAUUCUCCUGAAUUAGUAGAUACAGUGUGUAUAGUAAUACCUAGUUUAGCUCACUUGUAUCUGCUAAUGUAUGUACUUAAAUUUGCUGCAAAUAUUAAAAUAGGCCUAAACCGGAAGUAAGUAAUUCGGCGAGGGGAAUAAAAACAUGUGAAAUGGCUCUUUUACGUUCUACGUCCCGGGCACUGAAACCUUUCUUCGACAGCAAGCUUGCAUCACCUGUGGCUCUUUAUCACAAAAAUGUGAUUGACCACUAUGAAAACCCCAGAAAUGUGGGCUCUCUAGACAAAAAAGAUGCUAAUGUGGGUACAGGUCUGGUUGGAGCUCCUGCUUGUGGGGAUGUUAUGAAGCUUCAGAUAAAGGUGGAUGAUGAUGGGAAAAUUGUGGAUGCUAAAUUCAAGACAUUUGGAUGUGGGUCGGCUAUUGCUUCGAGCUCCUUAGCAACAGAAUGGAUUAAAGGAAAAUCGGUGGAUGAUGCUGUCAAGAUAAAGAAUACAGAUAUUGCUAAAGAGCUCUGCCUUCCCCCAGUCAAGUUACAUUGUUCAAUGUUAGCUGAAGAUGCUAUUAAAGCCGCCCUCAGUAACUACCGACAGAAGAAAGAGAAGAUAGAGGCUUAACAUCAGCUAAACCAACCCUCAGUAACUACAGACAGAAGAAAGAGAAGAUGGAGGCUUAUUAACAUACACUAAACCAGUGUUAAUUGUUGGAAACAUCAGUGGCUAAUUAUGAUAUUAUGUGAAAUGAGGACAUGUUAGAUCUACUCAAUAACUAUUUUUCUGUAUAAUCUGUGUUAUUUCUAAACCACAUGUGUGUUUUGUAGCUGUUGAUAUGAAAAUCUGCAAAAAACAAAAGGUACUGUUAUGUUUAGGAGCCUACUGUCUUAAUACCUUGGACAAUAGAAAAGAUUCAAUUCAUUUGUCUAAACAAGAGUUAAAAAUAGAGAAAACUGAUCUUGUGUAUAAGUUAAACAGUAUCAAUAAGUAAAUGAAUUUCUUUGUAGAAUUUAAGUCAAACUUUGUAGUAUCUAAUUAAAUUUUGGUACCUGUAGUUUGGAAUCAAUAUCAUUUUUUUUUUUUUCAUUCAAUUAUUUGCAUUUUAAAGUAAACAUUGCUGGGUUUUCUUGGUAUUCUUCUGAUAUGCUGUGAUUUUUAUUUGUUUCAAACUUAAAACUUCAUUUGCUGAAACAGUUAUGUGUACACUGAAUUUUCUGUCGCAGAAUGUGUUGUGAUAUGUGAAAGAAUUCUUUGGUUAUUUGAAAAAUGCAAAUAAAGUAGAUAUACCUUAAA